GCCUGCGCCAAGGUGGAGCACUGGCCGAAAGAGAAAAAAAGCCCUCCGAAUGGAGCGUUCUCCCCCAGACUCUCCCCAUUGGUAUUCCACCCAAUUCGUGUAGUACAGCACUGCAGUCCUGCAUUGCUAUGGCCGCUUUCGUGACGAAUAAAUAUCCGCCAUUCCUCCCCCACAAUCCACGAUAAACCGAGGCCCCAUACGAAUGCUUAAACCCUCAAUCCAUAUUGUCGAUUGUUCGGGUGACGCCAUUAGUGUGCAAAAAGGAUUCCGCGGAGGACGGGGGUGAGCCGAAAAUGGAAGAGAAUCAAACAUCGGAAAGUGUCGCUGUGCUACCGGACAUGUCCGAAUCGUUAACGAGCGAGACCGAGGAGGCGUCCAGUCUGUCGACUGAGCACGAAGCCCAUCCUGUUGCUGUUGCUACUAAUGUUACAACAGUGCCAAGUGUCCAGGGUGUACCGGUAUCAUUACCUGUUGGCUCCAUCAUCGGGGUGUCCAAUUCCAGCAAUGGCACCACCUUCAACGUCAUCACUUCCGAUGGCCUCCAGCUCCCAACGUCUGGUGAAUUCAAGCAGAUGCUGUGCGUGGACAAUGGCUUCAUCUGCGAGCCGAGACACGACAAAGACACAGACCCACUGCGUUGGAACGGUGAGCUCAAGGCGACUCACAUCGUUAUCCAGAACAGCCCAGAGGAGACGGAAAACGAGCAGAUUCACGUCACCACGGGCAACUCCCAGUCGAUCUGCAGCUGGUCAGAGUCAGCUAACAUGUCAGUACUCCCAGUGAGGUGCAAGAAUACGAAUGCAGAGCUCCACAAGAGUCGCUUUGGGUCGGGGGGCAGAGGGAGGUGCAUCAAACUGGGGAAUGACUGGUACACACCGAGUGAGUUCGAGGCGGCCUGUGGCAGGGCCAGCAGCAAGGACUGGAAGAGGAGCAUCAGGUUCGGGGGCCGAAGUCUGCAGACACUCAUCGACGAGAAUAUCCUCAAGCCACAUGCCACUUCCUGCACAUGUGCUGCCUGCUGCGAUGACGACAGUGCGACAGGCCCAGUUCGUCUAUUCACCCCCUACAAGCGUCGGAGAAGAGCACGAGAGGCCUCCGACGGUGAGACCCCAUCUCGAAAAGUAAAGAGUGACAAUUCCCGAGACGGUAGCAACAACGACGAGAGUGAUAAUGAUGCAGCUGUUGAAACAAAGGACGUGUGGCCGCAGUACGUGUCAGCAGAGGGUCUCGUGGUGCAUCAUGCCGCAGACCCUGACCAAGUGAUAUCAGCAGUUCACGCUGAGAACGGACAGACCGAUGACGUCUUCAAGAAGCUCGAUGACAUGUCCACGAAGAUGCUGAAGCUCGCUUACGAGUUCAAGAGAACUGUCGAGGAGGCCAAGGAGACCAAUAGACAACUGAGGAGGGAACAGGCACUUGUGGCUCAGUUAGGGGGAAGGGGAGAUGUCAUUGAGACUGUUGGACUGCAACCAGCACCCAACUCUCAUAAUAAAAAGUGCGCCAAUUGCAAUCGUGAGGCAUACGCCGAGUGUUCCCUGUGCAGGCGUACCCCCUAUUGCUCAACAUUUUGCCAGAGAAAGGACUGGGGAAGCCAUCAAGUGGAAUGUGUUCGCGGUGCUGCUGAAACAGUAAUGCUGAUCGUGGAGAGUAGCAGCGCUGACACUGGAUCACUGGCACGUGGCGGUGAUGACCAAUAGUUGAUGAUUCUGAUCGAUGAUCCGAGUGGAGACUCCACUCAACUUCAUGUUCAAACUAAUGAUGAUGCAUAGAUUAAUCCUUCGAGCAUAAUUAGACGAAAUUCUUCGAUUAAGCUAAAGGAGAAAAACACUGUAUAUAAAUAUCAUUUCUAUGACGGAUACGAGAAUAUUGCGACGAAGCCGAAAUACAAUUCUUUCAUUAUUAUGUAGAUCUAGAUGAGUCUGAGAACAUUUUUAGCACAUAAUUUUUUCAUGUCGAAUUAAGGUUGAGGUAGUUAUGUAAAUACCUUGAGGAACUUAAAAAUGUCGCGUGGUCGAUGAGAUCAUGAGAGUGAUGAAUUGGGAAAUAAAAAAAAUUCAAUAAUUUAUCGGGAAAAAUUUA